AGCAGCAGCAGCAGCAGCAGAAACAAGCACCAGCCACACAGCGGCUCCUUCGGUCCAAGCAGCCACAGUCCCCUGGCUGUGAUGGCGCUGCAGAGCUCAGCAAGCGAGGAAGCCAAGGGGCCCUGGCGGGAGGCAAACCAGGAACAGCAGGAACGAGUGGGUAGCCCUGAGCCAGAGCCCGAGUUCUUGCCAGUGCCCCCACCGGAGCCCUAUCCAGAGCCCCAGCCGGAGCCUCAGCUCCUACCAGACCCUGCAACCCUGCCGGAGCUGGUAUUGGAGCCUGAGCCAGUGCACGAAACCGAGCCCACGCCCACCGUGGAGACCCAGGGUACAGCGCGAGGCUUCCAGCCCCCCGAAGGUGGUUUUGGCUGGAUGGUGGUCUUCGCUGCGACCUGGUGCAACGGCUCUAUCUUUGGUAUCCAGAACUCCUUCGGGAUCCUCUAUUCCAUGUUGCUGCAGGAGGAAAGAGAGAAGAAUCGCCAAGUGGAGUUCCAAGCAGCAUGGGUAGGAGCCCUCUCAAUGGGCAUGAUCUUCUUCUGUUCUCCCAUUGUGAGUAUAUUUACUGAUCGUUUGGGCUGCCGAAUCACAGCAACUGCAGGGGCUGCCGUCGCUUUCAUUGGCCUCCAUACCAGCUCCUUCACCAGCUCACUAAGCCUGCGUUACUUCACCUAUGGGAUUCUCUUUGGUUGUGGCUGUUCCUUCGCCUUUCAGCCAUCUCUCGUCAUCCUGGGCCACUACUUCCAACGCCGCCUGGGUCUGGCCAAUGGCGUAGUGUCUGCUGGGAGUAGCAUCUUCUCCAUAUCCUUCCCUCUUCUCAUCAAAAUGCUGGGUGCUAAGAUAAAGCUCGCCCAAACCUUCCAGGUGCUAAGUACCUUCAUGUUUAUUCUUACGCUGCUUUCCCUCACCUACCGGCCCCUCCUGCCCAGCUCUCAAGACACCCCAAGCAAGAGAGGUGUCCACACCCUGUGCCAACGCUUUCUGGCUCAACUCAGGAAGUACUUCAACAUGCGAGUGUUCCGCCAGCGUACCUACCGCAUCUGGGCCUUUGGGAUUGCUGCUGCUGCCCUCGGCUACUUCGUUCCCUAUGUACACCUGAUGAAGUAUGUGGAAGAGGAGUUCUUGGAAAUCAAGCAGACCUGGGUGCUGUUGGUGUGUAUUGGGGCUACCUCAGGCCUUGGGCGCCUUGUGUCAGGCCGUGUCAGUGACUCCAUUCCUGGACUUAAGAAGAUCUACUUGCAGGUCAUCUCCUUCCUGCUCUUGGGCCUGAUGUCCAUGAUGAUUCCCCUGUGCAGGGGAUUUGGAGGCCUCAUCGUUGUCUGCCUCUUCCUGGGCCUUUGCGAUGGCUUCUUCAUCACCAUCAUGGCCCCCAUCGCAUUUGAACUGGUGGGCCCAAUGCAGGCCUCACAGGCCAUUGGCUACCUCCUGGGCAUGAUGGCCUUACCAAUGAUUGCUGGGCCCCCCAUUGCAGGCCUCCUCCGCAAUUGUUUUGGGGACUACCAUGUGGCCUUCUACUUUGCUGGUGUGCCCCCAAUAAUUGGAGCUGUAAUCCUCUUCUUUGUCCCUCUGAUGCAUCAAAGGAUGUUCAAGAAAGAACAAAGGGAUUCCAGCAAGGACAAGAUGUUGGCCCCUGACCCAGACCCCAGUGGGGAGCUGCUGCCGGGCUCCCUCACCCCUGAGGAACCAAUCUAAGGCCGCUUUCUUGUCAUUGUGUGCUCUUCAACCCCUUUCCUUCACCCCACCCUGCUCAGCAUUUACAUUUUUGCCACCAGCACACUUGUUCCCAAACCUAUGCACACAGCAUUUCAGCCACCUGACCAUCCCUUUGGAGCCAAAGCUCCAGGUGUUCCAAAUUUAUUAACCAAAUUCUCUUCAUGAAUGCCUUUAAACUUGCCAGGGUUCUUCUCUUCCCAUGAUCUAGGAAAGCCUAGGAUCACCCCCUGGCCUUUGGAACCUCUCCCUAUACUUUCUAACCCCUGGGGGAGGAGGGGCAUGGGACAUUGUGGCCCCAGCCUGUUAGUCACCCACUAGAAGCAACUGUCAAAGGUGCUACUGUGUCCCCAGGAGCCUGAUGGGAAGACCCAAGCCUCUGUAUGCUGAGGAGCUCCUUGCCAUCUGACCUUAGGAGCCACUGGUGGAGGGUGCUGGAGGAAAGGCAGAGGUAAAAUGGAACAAUGAGACUUGUUUAGCCUCAGAGUCUGUGACUUCCCAAGAACUGUGGGUGCUGUUUGUUUAUAAGUGUACAAAUAAGUCUCCCCAUCAUACGGUUGGUUGGUUAACAGUCUGCCUCUUUCUUUCCUUCCUUCUUUUCCCCCCUCUAUUUCCUCCUCAUUUCUCUUCCCUCUCUAUUCCUUUUUAUGACUGUUAUAGACAAAUGGGUGCUUAAAGAAAGGAGGGACCCAGAGCUUGAGCCAAUCAGACUUACCUUGGCCUAGCCCACCCCUAAUAGUAGCAUCAGUCACACUCAUCUCAGGCUGAGCCACAUCUCACCUUUUGGGUCAAGCUUAUAUAA